AAAGAACCAGGCAAUCCUAGACAAGGUGGAGCAAUUUGACAGCAUCCUGUCGGCGUACUUUCCCUCAGCGUCAAGUUGUUUUCCACCUUGAUUACCUACAUGCUAUGCAGCCCGAUGUGUUGUUCAAGGAGCUCACGACGUUCUGGACGGAAACUCCGGCGAUUGGGGUCGGCAGGGUUGUUUUGAGUGCAAUUGCAAGCGGCUUUGAACCACAGUUUCCGCAUUGCAGUUUGUUCGACAAAAAUCUCGGCAGAGGCCCCCCGUGCACCGAAACGUAAAUUUUUUCCAAGGCCAAAAACAAUUCUAGUGUGGAAUUGCCAUGGACGAGGAAAGCCUUGGUUCUUCCUUGGACCGUUGCACCUUUGUCGAAGCCAUGGAAAUGGUUGAGGGCGAGCAUGCCAACCCAUUUAGCUUGCCCGAAGAGUUGGAAUGCUUCUGGCUGCAGCCGCCCCCGCCUGAACGCACGGAGCACGAGCGCCUGCAGGAGAAGAAGCUGCGCGUGCACGAAAAGUCCACGUGCUCUAGCAGCUAUGGGGCCAUCCGGAAGGUGCACGACCAUGAGCUGCCCAUGGCGCCAGUGUCCAAGUCGGUGAGCCUUGCGCUGGCCAACGCCAAGGCAAAGGUUCUUGAGGAGGAGCGGCCUCCCCCCACCUUCCUCACGACGGUGGCCACCAAGCCAGCUGUGGGCUUGGUGGAGCCGCUGCACAAGAGUGAGAAGGACAUCAGGACGUACAUCCAGAAGAAGCGCGAGGUCUUCCUGGUGCACAUGGCUUGCGACAACAAGCGGGAAGAAGCCGUCCGCUUGGAUGCGAUGGCCAAGGCAAAAGAAGACGCCUUGGCCUUCUCACAGCAGACCCUCGAGGAAGAUGCAAAGAAGUUCGAGGACUAUUUGCAGGAAAGGAUCUCUAAGGCAUCGCAUGCCACGAAGGAGAGUGAGAAACAUGCCAAGAAUAAGCAGGACAAGGUCCAGAAGAUCAAGAACCUGAAGCAACAGAUCGCGACAGUACAGAGUGAGACCGGUAAGUUGAAAGAGGCGCGCGUGGAAUCGGAGCGGCUGAAGCACUUCUUGGAGAAGUUGACGCCGGCGGAGUGGAAGGAGGAGCAGAAAGUGAAGAAGGAAGAAAGGAAGAGGGAACGAGCGCAGAGGUGGAAGAAUGAACGCCUGGCUCCCAUCCUGGAGCAGCUGGCCAUCGAAGACGAGAAGCUGUCUGAGAAGUUCGCGCAGGAGGAAGCCGAGGCGGCCGAACUGUUGCGGAAGAAGAGCAAGAAGUCUCGGCGCCGGGAAGACGAGGAAGAGCUGUUGCAAAAGCAACGGGAGCGGGACUUGCGAAAGAAGCGGAUCCAAAAGAAGCGCGAGGAAGAAGAGAGGAAGGUCAAUGGGGAGUACGUGGAGGUGUCUUCGGAGGAGGAGCCGGAGCUCUUUUUCAAGGAGCCUCAGCAGCUGAUGGACACCUUCACAGAGCUGGAGGAGUUGAAUUUGUUCCUCAUCCAGAGCUCUCAGGGGACCGAACAAGAGCUGGACGAGAUGCGGCACAACUUUGAAGCGAUGAAGAUGGAUAUGGGGCAGAAAGUGCAACAACUGAAAGAUCAGAUCAAGCAGCUCGAACAAAACAUCAAGCAGGAGAAGCGCCACAGUGAGGAACUGAGGCGCAGCCACGUGGAGAAGGCCAGCACCGCUGCCCAGGACAAGAAGCUCUCGGACCUGGCCAUGAAGGUGCAUGACGUCUACAAGCGCUGCGACUUGGCGCGGGAUCAGCAGCAGCUGGACACCUUGCAGAUGCUGGGCGCCAUCGAGACUCGGAUCGAGGAGCUGAUCCAAGGCUUGGACGAGGCCUACCAGCAGGAUGAGGAACUCGUCAUGCGCUUGGAAUGGCAGAAGGAAAGGGACCGCAGAGAACGCGUCCGUGAGAACCGCAUUCGAGAGCAGUCGGAGAAGCAAGAGGACCGUCUGAAGCAGUCCUUGCUGCGAUCGCAAAAGCCGGUCUUCAAGAAGGCGGGCAAGCAAGUGAUGUACCGCUCCCCACCGUUGCGACAAGAGCGGAAGAUCGUGGAGGACACCACAGACGACGAAGCGCACGCGCGCGACCACAAGGUUUUUGACCUCUACAUCGACCGCAAGACCGGAAUGCCCCACACGGAUGCACCCACCGAAGAAGCCAGGCGUUCCACCGACACCGCGCUCAGUGCGCCGCCCCCUUCCAGUCCUAAGUCGCAGUCCAUGAGCGAAGCCCUCGAGAGCCGAGAGGUGUUCAUGUGAUGCGGUGGUGACCGCGGCGUUGAUGGCUGGCGGGUCAGACCAUUCGCGGUUCCCUCUAAAGAAAUCGUGUCACAUCGUCUUCGAGGAACAGCAGGGGGUCGUUUGUAAGCUGCAAGCAUCCUGAAUUGCUGGAUGAAAUGGUGGUGAAUGGUGGCAACGAAUCUAAUUGGG